AGUAGCUCUUCCUGCUCCGGCCGGUUCUUCGCCGCAGCUCUACGAAAACGCAACACGAAUGGCUCCUCUCUGUGCUCCACCAGUCAAUUACAAUCAUCAGUCCACAUGGAUGAAGAUGCAGGUUGCCCCUCCAUGGAAAAACAAUACAAAACAGACUUGCUGGAGCUGCUUGACACAUUCCUUUUCCCCCCUCCCUUCCUCUUCCAAUUUUCACCUCUACUGCUCUACUUACUUCCCUUCCUUUCCCACCACCACGAAAAGCUCAUACUACCUGGUACGACAGUACUCUGGGAGUCAUGGCGCCUUUCGCAAUGGACCUUGUCCAGUUAUCAAGGUCAAGGUAAAUAUGCGAAGAUUGCAUGCCGGGUGUUCGACUUUGCCCCUCAUUUCUGUGUCCUUGCUGAGUCACGCUCUCUUCUCUUUCCAGAGGACUGAGUCGUCGACGGCAAGAAUCAACAGCUCUGAGGACGUGAAAGCUCGAUCUGAGAAAUACCGGAGAACUUGAUCUGGAUAAUACCAGCGAAAGGACAUGCCUUCUUUGACAUCGACAUCCACCUCUGUGGAGGGGGAUCGCUGACUCUUACAGAUUUUCGACCUUGAAAUCACGUCAAGAUGUCGACUGACAAGAUUGUCUUCUUAACCAAUUGGCACGCUACGCCAUACCACGCCCCUCUCUACCUUGCUCAAGCCAAGGGCUACUUCGCAGACGAAGGCAUCAAGGUUGCUCUCCUUGAACCCAAUGACCCCGGCGUACGGCUUUUCAUUCCCCUCUCAUCCAAUAUCCACGACGAGCUGACCAUGCCCAGGAUGUCACAGAGAUCAUUGGCACCGGGAAGGCUGAUCUCGGCUUCAAAGCCAUGAUCCACACUCUCGCCGCUAAAGCUCGUAGCUUCCCCGUUCAAUCAAUCGGCAGCUUGCUCGACGAACCCUUCACAGGGGUUGUCUAUCUGAAGUCAAGCGGCAUCACACCCGACUUCCGCACCCUCAAGGGCAAACGCAUCGGCUACGUCGGCGAGUUCGGUAAGAUCCAAAUCGACGAACUGACCUCCCAUUACGGCAUGGCCCCAUCCGACUACACGGCUGUCCGCUGUGGCAUGAACGUCUCCAAAGCCAUUAUCGAAGGCACCAUCGACGCCGGCAUCGGCCUCGAGAACGUCCAAAUGGUUGAGCUUGAACAUUGGCUCGAAUCUCAGGGCCGGCCCAAGUCCGAUGUCCAAAUGCUCCGCAUUGACGAGCUCGCCGAGCUGGGAUGCUGCUGCUUCUGUACCAUCUUGUACAUUGGCAACGAGGCCUUUUUGGCCGAACAUCCCGACAAAGUCCGUGCCUUCAUGCGUGCCGUCAAACGAGCCACCGAUUUUGUCCUCCGAGACCCUGAGGCGGCGUGGAAGGAGUACGUCGACUUCAAGCCGGUCAUGAACACGGCCUUGAAUCGCAAGAUGUACGAGCGCAGCUUCCCAUACUUCAGCAUGGAUCUGAAGAAUGUCCGUCGUGACUGGGACAAGGUCACUGCUUACGGCAAGCGUCUCGGUGUGUUGGAGAAGGGCUUCGCGCCCAACUAUACCAACGACUUCUUGGGCUGGAGGUUGCAGGGCGAGAGUCCGGAUCCAACAGGUGAUCAGAAACGCAUGGCAGACUUGCAGUGCUCCAUUAGAGCUAGUGGCGGCUUGAGACGCCUUGAAGCUGUCGCGGCAUAGACUGCCUCAUAGCAAAAGUGGGCAACUACUCGCUUGCCCGCUCGUAGGAGGGCUUACUGUCUGACCUCCCAGCCGAGACCAAAAGGGCCUGUCUCUCACUAAAUAUCCGACCCUAGCCUUAUGCAUCUCCAGUAAAACGAAGAAAAAACAGGAUGCUGUUACCGGGCCUUGAGUGUCUCUUUCUGGCGGUCAGACCGAUCUAUUCCAUGUAUUGCCCCGCGCUUCGUCUUGAACCUUUACCUAAUUCUCUCAGAAAGUAAUCCUGUAGUCGUGGAUAAGACGAAUAGCUGGGACUUACGAAUGUUGCACCUUCAUCGAAAGUCCUGAAUUACCAGUGGUUUCUGUGCCACUGCGCU